AUGACAUUUAUCAUAGCUGUGUUACCUGAUCGAUAUUCAAUUGAAAGUCAUCUUCUGAAUCGAUCUCAUCUAUUUCCAGAACCUGGUUUUUCUGAAGGAGACAGUAUCUUACAGGCUCUCUAUGGCUUUUUAUUUGUGGUAACUUGUGAAGGAGAAGUUUUCUUUGCUUCACGUACAGUGGAACAAUAUCUUGGCUUCCAUCAGUCUGACAUUAUACAUCAAAGUGUUAUGGAACUGAUCCAUUCUGAAGAUCGAGAAGAAUUCAAAAGACAGCUGCUGUGGAACUCCAGUCUUCCCCCUGAUAAAGCAAAUAUUACAUUGCAUGAAAUCAUGCUACCUGAAAACAACCACUAUCUGCACAGGUCUUUCACUGUAAGGUUUCGCUGCUUACUAGACAACACCUCAGGCUUCAUUACAUUAGAAAUCAGUGGCUGGAUUCGUAUUCUUCAUGGGCAAGCUCUCAAAUCAGAGGAACCUAUGUUGGCAUUGUUUGCAACCUGUUGUCCAUUUGGACCACUUUCCUUGUUUGACAUUCCUUCAAGAGAUCUCACAUUCAAAUCAAAACAUAAGAUGGACCUUUCUCCUUUAUCCAUGGAUAGCAGGGGUAAAAUGAUGUUUGGUUAUUCUGAUAGAGAACUGGUCACUAAAUCUGGCUAUGAUUUAGUACAUCCUGAUGAUCUUUCAUACUUUGCCGCUGCCCACCAGGAAUUGAUCAAGACUGGCAGCUCUGGCCUAAUAGCCUAUCGGUGGAUCAUGAAGGAUUUGCGCUGGCUGUGGUUGCAGUCCAGUUGUAAAGUGGUUUAUAAAAACAGCAAACCAGAUUUUGUCAUCUGCACUCACAGACAACUCACGGAUGAUGAAGGACAAGAUCUGUUUGGUAAACGUGGAAAUGAGUUCAAGCUGCCAUACCCAUUACUGGAUCUGGACAUUUGUUCUGGCUCUGGUUUUCCUGAAGAUGAUUUUGUCACAAAGUCCAAAACAACUAAAAACAAGAAACAGAAAUCUCAAUUGGAGCACCGGUCAGAGGCACCCACCCAGCAGCACAAAUCAGUGAUAUCUGAUGUGAACACAAAUGAUAAAGUAUCCUCUGGGCUCAUGGCAGGCAGCUUGUCCACAUCAAGUCCAAUUGCAGGCUCAACUCCAGCUUCAGUCAUUCAGCUGUCAGAAAAAGCCAACCACAACAGAUCAUGUGAGAAGCAGCAACCUGUAAUGAGCAGUAUCCCAGUCCCUGUAGUGAACAGCCAAAGUAGGCUAUUAACAUAUCUAUAA